AAGAGUGUACGAAUAUUGGCUGAUCCGGAGCAGAAGGUGGCGGUAAUGUACCAACAAGUACGCCAACCGCCGUAAAAAACAGAAGAAGAAGAAAAACAACAACAACAACAACAACAGCAACAAGAGUCAGGGAUCGAGAAAAGCAGACAAGAGAAGCAGCACAUUCAACAAUGUCACGAUUGUUUUUGCCAAAUCGCCUUUGUGCCAAAUGUACCCUCCUAACAGCGCGCGCGCCUCCUCUGUUGACGUCGCGAGGCGCAGCGCGAGCCAAGCAGCAGCAGUUCGAUAAGCCGAGUGUUUUUAUUCAGCAGCAAAUACGAUAUGUCGGAGGGUCAAACGCAGGGUUUUUUAAAUACAGGUCAACGUCCAGGAUUUGGAUAUGUGGCGUUGCUGCGGGGAUCGCUAUCGCUCUCGGACUGAAAUAUCGCGAUGACACAGCCAGCAGUUCCUGUGAUGAUCAAGUCGAAGAAGCACAGAGGACGGAUCGAUACAGCGAUGCCAUACGAGUUAGCAGGGACCUCGUGGAGAGAAUACAGGUAAGCGUUCAGGUAAGUGCUCGCUUUGAGGGCCCUUUCCUUUCUCCUUGUAGGCUCCGCCUACGCUCAGUGUCACCUGCAUCACUUCAGUGUGUGUUCUGGUCUAUUGUCAUUCAGACCGAGGUCGGGGCUCCCGGGCUGGUGGUGGGGGUCUCUGUGGAUGGGGCUGAAGUCUGGAGUGAAGGGCUCGGUUAUGCUGAUUUGGAGAAUCGCGUUCCGUGUAGCCCAGAAACAGUGAUGCGGAUCGCCAGCAUCAGUAAACCGCUCACAUCUGCAGCGGCGGCACGGCUGUGUGAGGAGGGGAAACUAGAACUUGAUGUCCCUGUCCAGAAAUAUGUCCCAGAAUUUCCCCAGAAACAAUUUAAUGGACAGGAUGUCACAAUAACCCCUCGUAUGAUUCUGUCCCACCUGAGUGGUAUACGGCAUUAUGAGAAGGAUGCAAAGAAAGUGAAGGAGUCCAAGGAGAAGGCCAAGCGUCUCUUUAAGCCAGGGAAGAAAGAAGAUGAAAAGAGCUCAUCUGAAAACAGAGACAAACCUGCAUCAGAACAAAACCCCAAAGGCAAAGAAGCCACUCGGGAGAAGAAAAAAGAGUUUGAGCAUGAGGAAUACUACUUGAAGGACAACUUUGAAAGUGUCACUCAGGCCUUGGACCUCUUCAAGGACGACCCACUCAUUUUCAAACCUGGGACCACUUUUCUGUACUCCACGCACGCCUUUACCCUGCUCAGUGCUGCUGUGGAGCGAGCUGCUGGACAGCACUUCCUGAAUGUCAUGAUGAACAUGUUCCAUGAGCUGGGAAUGCUUAAUACUGUACCCGAUGAGAAUGACCCUAUUGUUUACCACCGCUCCAGAUUCUACCACCUCAACAAGAGGGGACGUGUGGUGAACUGCCCAUAUGUAGACAACUCCUACAAGUGGGCAGGAGGCGGCUUCCUCUCCACAGUGGGUGACCUGCUGCUGUUCGGUCACGCUCUGCUCUACAGCUACCAGGUGGCCCACCUGCAGGACACUGAGGGCUUUCUCCCUGGCUUUCUCAAACCCCAAACUGCCAUAGAUCUUUGGUCUCCAGUUGACAGGACAGAGGCAAGCUGGGACAAGGAUGGACUGUAUGCCCAAGGCUGGCUGGUGGUGGAGAAACUCCAGAAAUAUGGGCAGUGCAGGAAGCGUAGACACUAUGUGUCACACACAGGAGGCGCUGUGGGGGCUAGCAGUGUCCUCCUGGUGUUACCCAGUGAGGAGAUGGAUGAGAAUCAAGGACAGACCCCCCUCCUCCCUCGGGGAGUGGUGGUCACCAUCAUCACUAACAUGCAGUCAGUUGGACUCAACAGCACAGCACUGAAAAUUGCACAUGAGUUUGACAAAGCUAGAAGCCUAUAAGAGGAAGUUAUUUACAGAAGUGGGAUUUCUAUAUUUUACUGAGAAGUAUUUCAGAUCAACCAUGAAACCAUAAAAUUGUGAUGAAGCUAUUUGCAAAGUGAACUCAACUUACUUUCCAUUGCAACACUUACAUUCUGCCACUAGGUGGAAGCAAUUUACCACAACUCUUAGCACAAAAAGAAGCCACUGACUUAUGGCAUCAGUGCCUUCAUUCAUCUCGACCUUUUAAAAAAAAUCUAACACAACAAUAUUGUAAUACAAUUUUGCAUUUGAGAGAAAUAAAACAUUUCAUAUACAAUGGAAAGAGGUUAGUUGCUUUUUAAAGCAUCAAGGUACACCUUCAAGUCUCUACAUCCCUUAGAGUGACCUGUAAGGCUCACCCUGAACAGAUAUUUCCUCAUAGCAACACAACAUGCUUUUGGGAAAACCCUGCUGUGUGUUUACCUAAUACUGCUGUUCUAUCAAUAAUCAAUAGGGUGACAUUUUAACAAUAUAUUUACUGCUCAGCUAACUUUUGAGUCGUAAUAUUUACUUCAACCACAAGUGCAAUCCUGACAUUGUCUUUGAAUUUAAAGAAACAAGAACAAUUCCAGAUUGUGAUGCCUGAUUGUUGAUAGUUCAUGGAAUAACUAAAGGUUUUGGCAGUCCACUUUUUUGUUUUUUUCACCUACAGUUACAACUGUUGGAGAAUACUUGAAGUCCAGCCAAAGGGAAAGUCUCACACACUUUGCAGUCCAACAAGUUUUAAUUAUCUUGUAACCUCACUGAAAUAAAGCCGAUUUGAUGCCACCAUUUUCAUUAUAA